UGUUUUAACAUUUCUGUUUCUUAUCUUAGGUUUAGAAAAGCCCCUUGACCAAAGACUGUCCCAGACAGAAAAUCACUCAAACAGGCUCAGGUAAACAGGCAGUGGGAAGACGGAUGCUGCGUUGAGGACCAGCCUACUAAUUUGACUUUCUCAGGGAAGUAAAACAUCUAUCUCCAGAAAUGUCUUUGGAAAAUAAAGAGCAACAUGACCUUUCACCGAGGGACUUACCUGAAGAAGCCUACAGUAGUCCAUCUGAGGUCCCCCUGGAGGCUCAAAGGGGAUCAAGCAAUGACGUCAAGCAGUUGGAGACCAAUGAUGGAUGCAGACCUUAUCGUAGGAUUCACAUGGAACCUCAAGAGAAACCAGAUAUUAACAUCAAAAAAGUUGUCAUCAGAAAGCUGCAGAAGAGUUGCCAGUGUAGCUCAGGCAAAGUCAGAAAUAUGAUUUUUGAUUUCCUUCCUGUUUUGCGGUGGCUCCCAAAGUACGACCUCAAGAAAAACAUUUUAGGUGAUAUGAUGUCUGGCCUGAUUGUGGGCAUACUUUUGGUGCCCCAGUCUAUUGCUUACUCCCUAUUGGCUGGCCAAGAGCCUAUCUAUGGUCUGUAUACAUCAUUUUUUGCCAGCAUCAUUUAUUGCCUGUUUGGUACCUCACGCCACAUCUCUGUGGGCAUUUUUGGAAUACUGUGCCUUAUGAUUGGUGAAGUAGUUGACCGAGAAGUACAUAAAGCCUGCCCUGACAUUGCUACUACAUCAUCUUCAUUAGCAGUGGUUUCAAAUGGAUCCGAAUUAGUAAACCAGACAUUAGACAGACUUUGUAACAAAAGUUCUUAUGCAAUUAAAAUUGGCAGCACUGUGACCUUCAUGGCUGGAGUUUAUCAGGUAGCGAUGGGCUUCUUUCAAGUGGGCUUUGUCUCUGUCUACCUCUCAGACGCCUUACUGAGUGGGUUUGUGUUGGGUGCCUCCUUCACCAUUCUCACAUCUCAGGCAAAGUACCUCCUCGGGCUGAGCCUUCCUCGGAGCAAUGGUAUAGGCUCAGUCAUCACUACCUGGAUCCACAUCUUCAGAAACAUUCAUAAGACCAAUGUCUGUGACCUCAUCACCAGCCUUUUGUGUCUUCUGGUCCUUUUGCCUACCAAAGAACUCAAUGAACACUUCAAGGACAAGCUCAAGGCACCAAUUCCAACCGAGCUCAUUGUCGUUGUGGCAGCCACAUUAGCUUCUCAUUUUGGAAAACUACAUGAGACAUAUAAUUCCAGUAUUGCUGGACAUAUUCCCACUGGGUUUAUGCCACCCAAGGCACCAGACUGGAGCCUAAUUCCUAAUGUGGCUAUAGAUGCAAUAGCUAUUUCUAUCAUUGGUUUUGCUAUCACUGUAUCACUUUCUGAGAUGUUUGCCAAGAAACAUGGCUACACAGUCAAAGCAAAUCAAGAAAUGUAUGCCAUUGGCUUUUGCAAUAUCAUACCUUCCUUCUUCCACUGCAUAACUACUAGUGCAGCUCUUGCAAAGACUUUGGUUAAAGAAUCUACAGGCUGCCAGUCCCAGCUGUCAGCUAUAGUGACAGCCCUUGUUCUUUUGUUGGUCCUUCUGGUAAUAGCUCCUUUAUUCUAUUCCCUUCAAAAAUGUGUCCUUGGUGUGAUCACUAUUGUAAAUCUCCGGGGUGCCCUUCUUAAAUUUAGAGACCUGCCAAAGAUGUGGAGGGUUAGCAGAAUGGAUACAGUCAUCUGGUUUGUUACUAUGCUGUCCUCUGCUCUGUUGAGCACUGAAAUAGGCCUGCUUGUUGGAGUUUGUUUUUCUAUGUUUUGUGUAAUCCUCCGUACUCAGAAGCCAAAGGUUUCACUGCUUGGUUUGGAAGAAGAGUCUGAAACCUUUGAAUCCAUUUCUGCUUACAAGAACCUUCAGACCAAGUCAGGCAUCAAGGUUUUCCGCUUCAUAGCCCCUCUCUACUACAUAAACAAAGAAUGCUUUAAAUCUUCUUUGUACAAAAAAACUCUGAACCCUAUCUUGGUAAAGGCAGCUUGGAAGAAAGCAGCAAAGAGGAAGCUCAAAGAGGAAACCGUGAUUUUCAGUGGCAUCCAAGAUGAAGUUUCAGUGCAGCUUUCCCAUGAUCCCUUGGAGCUGCACACUAUUGUGAUUGACUGCAGUGCAAUACAGUUUUUAGAUACAGCAGGGAUCCACACACUAAAAGAAGUCCGAAGGGAUUAUGAAGCCAUUGGCAUCCAGGUUUUACUGGCUCAAUGCAAUCCUUCUGUGAGGGAUUCUUUGACCAGAGGAGAAUACUGCAAAAAGGAAGAAGACAAUCUUCUCUUCUACAGUUUGUCUGAAGCAGUGGCUUUUGCAGUGGACUCUCAGAAGCAGAAAGGAGUGUGUGUUCUCAAUGGCCUGAGUCUUUCUGGUGACUGAGAAAGUAAAUGAAAGGAAGAAGAGUGUCUUGCCAGUUUCAACGUGCAACAUUUUCUACUGUGAAAGGAGAAAGUGGUGUACACUUGAAUAGUUCUCCUUUGAAGCUAAUAGCCUUUUGAUAGUCUCACAUGCAGUAGAGCUUAUAGUUGGGUAGAAUCAAAAAGAAGAAAAUGCUGUGGCUUCAGACUUUCAUGCAGAUGAGCAUUCUUGGGGGUCCAGUAUAAAUGGAAUGGAACUGUAAAGCAUCCCCCAAACUUGAUCACCUUACUUUAGGGACUGCACAUCUGAACUCCAUCCUCCAGGAAGACAGAGGUGAAAUUGGGGUUUGCUUUACAUGCACUGGAGCCUUUGCAUGACUCUGUGGAGAGGUGAAGGAAGGCAGUAUUGCUGGUCCUGAGGCUGGUGAAGCAUGAGGGCCUAACUAGAUGAGUUCUGUUCUCACUGGUGUUUCUCUGUUUGCGUUUGGUUCCCAGACAGCAAUAAGAUUUCUGGCUGGUAGUUAGAAAUACCAUUUUCCUCUCCUUCAAGCAGAAACUGUGACAUAGUCUCUUAAGAGGAUCUGGUCCUGACAGCCAGCCUGACAUUAUACAGAACUUUAUUGUAAACAUCUGAUGUUUUAGCCAUGCCUUUUUAUUUAGAAGAAAUAGGUAAGGAAAUAAACAGUGGGAGUCUUUGUUCUUCCUCUCCAUCUGCUUCUGAGAAUUUGCCUACUGUCAGGCUCUGUCUCCCCCUUGACUUUGCCUAAUGCUUUCACCUGGAAUCUGUCUUAAGUUGGUAUUUCUGAAUUAGUAACAGUCUUGUCAAGCAGAGCAAAAUAUUGGCUCAGCAGCUUCUUGCAUCACUGUAAUUGGACUUGUGCAUUCUCAAGGAGAGAUUGCAAAACAAAAGAAGAAUGAAUGAAUGAAUGACAGUUUCCCUUAAGAAAUGCCACCACCAGCAACAACCAACCACUGUGGCAUUUUAGCAAGGACCUGCUGGGCAUUGGUAGUCUUUUUUAAAUCGAAGUAGCUGUUUGUAGAAGACUAUAGAGGUGAUAGAGUGCUUCCAAAAGAACAUCCAUAAUUGCUUUGCAACAUCAUUAAAACAGUGCCGAUGCUUACUGUUGGCAUAUCAUAAAUAUUGAUGUUGGUGACCAGUUUUAACUUGUGUGCAGGAGUACUUUGAACCUUCUCAGAACCCUAGUUUAGCUGGUGUGUCAUUCUCGGUAGCUGGCCACAGGUUAUGAAUUGAGUAUUUUCUUCAGAAAAGCACUUUGACAGGUGAGAAAAGUUCACCCAAGUGAGGCAUAGAGGACUAACCUAUGUGAGAUUAAAACACUUACCCAAGUCAUUCAAGUCCCCAUCGCCAAAGUGCAAAAUCAUUUUUAGCCUGUUCUUAUAUUCAAAACAAUUUAAAAUAUUUAUGGGAAGCAACCUCUGUGUAACGAACCUACUGAGAUAGAAUGCUUUUAAACAUUACACACACACACACACACACACACACACACACACCUCUCUCUCUCUCUCUCUCUCUCUCUCUCUCCUCUCCUCCCUC